AUGUUUUGGAAAAAGGAUCCUACUGUCACUUGGGAAAGAAAACAUAUCAAUGACAUUGACUUCAGCUGUUUUAAUGUGGCAAUAAUUGGCGGAACAGGUGGAAUUGGACGUGCCAUAAGUAGAGAGCUGGCCCAGAGAGAUGCUAGAGUUACUGUUGUCGGACAAACAUUUAGGGACGAGGACCUGAAAGACAAAAUUAAAUUUGUCAAGGCCGACUUAAGUUUAGUGUCGGAAUGCAAGCGUAUUUCUCACAGCGAUGAAAUUCCUUACGAGGAGUUAACGCAUUUGAUUUUCACUACAGGCAUCUUUGCAUCACGCCAGAGGCAAGCUACAAGUGAGGGCUUAGAGAAAGACAUGGCGGUGAGUUAUUUGAGUAGAUAUAUCAUCUUCCAUGAUGUCGCUAAGCGAUUAGGAAUUAGUAGGACAAAGAAAGACGAUUUGCCAAAAGUUUUCGUAGUCGGAUUUCCAGGAAAUGGUCAACUGGGGGACCCAGAUGACUUAAAUUCUGAUGAAAAAAAUUACAGCGCCUAUGGCACACACAUGAAUACAGUGGCAGCUAAUGAAAGUUUGGUCCUAGACGCCAAAGAUAGAUAUACGAACAUAGAUACCUUCGGUUUGAACCCCGGUCUGAUUAAAACAAACAUUCGUAGUAACCUUCUCGGCAGUGACACUUACCUUAGCCGCAUCACAGAAUGGAUCAUUAGCUGGACCUGUCAAAGCGCAGAAACGUAUGCUAAGACAAUUUGCGCCUUGAUUGUGAGCCCUGCCAUCGAAUCACGCAGUGGUACAAUGUUCAGUAACAAAGGUGAUGCCAUCUUACCUACGCCUGGUUUGACCAAAGACGUUGUUGAGAAGUUCAUGGAAAAUUCGGAACUUCUAGUUGAAAAGGCCUUACGGAAUCAAAGCCCUUUUACGUCCAGUAACGAGUAA